GCGGCCGCCCGCGCUUCCGCCCCCGGACCCUGCCUGCCACGCCCUUUCCUUCUCGGCCGGGUCCAGGCUGUCCCGCAGGCCUUGGGCGGGAUCUGGGAGCAACCGAGCUUUCCCCGACGCAUCUCGAGGCGGGCUUGGGAGAGAAAAGGGGAAGAAAGACCUCGGGCGGGCAGGCCCCGGGGAAGGCGCGGCCCUGCUUCGUCCGCGCGCCCCGGCGGCCUCGCUGCUCCCUCAGGGCGGGCUGGGGUCCGCCUAGAUUUGCUCGGCGCCGGUGAAGGCCUGAGUCCCAGCCCCGUGCGCGUCACCUGUCCAUGGCUCUCUCGGUGUCACAUUUGGAGACAAGCACUGAGAAUGAUGAACCAGUUGAAACAAAUGAAUAUGUUGGAAAUCCAGAAUAUAAGUGGCCAAAAGUGGAAAGUCUUCACAAGGAUCCUAGGCAAGAAUCAAAGAUUGGUAAAGCUUAUGAUUGGAAUAGCAAGGUAAAGAAUCCACCAGAAAGGCCCAAGGUGAAAAGAAUGAAAGAAGACCUAAGUGUCAUCAUAGAAAAGAUUAGCAGAACUAAGAACAUGGCAAAUAUAAAGACAGAACAGGAUAAUGAGUCAUCUGAAAAAAGCUUACAUUUGAGCUCAAAGCCUGUUAUCCACCAAACUAUACCUAUAGAACAGAAAAGCAAUGAACAAAACAACUGUGUGGAGAAUAUUAACGGAAACUCUUAUAGCAGUCCACAGCAGAAAACCAGUGGUGUUAAAAAUUCACAUAAAUGUGAUGAGUGUGGGAAGUCCUUCAAAUAUAAUUCCCGUCUUGUUCAACAUAAAAUUAUGCACACUGGGGAAAAACGCUAUGAGUGUGAUGACUGUGGAGGAACUUUCCGGAGUAGUUCCAGUCUUCGAGUCCACAAGCGUAUACAUACUGGGGAGAAGCCGUACAAGUGUGAUGAAUGUGGGAAGGCUUAUAUGUCCUAUUCCAGCCUUAUAAACCACAAAAGUACCCAUUCUGGGGAGAAGAACUGUAAAUGUGAUGAGUGUGGAAAAUCCUUUAAUUACAGCUCUGUUCUAGACCAGCAUAAAAGGAUCCACACUGGAGAAAAGCCGUAUGAGUGUGGUGAGUGUGGCAAGGCCUUCAGAAAUAGUUCUGGUCUCCGAGUCCACAAAAGGAUACACACAGGGGAGAAACCUUAUGAAUGUGACAUCUGUGGGAAAACUUUUAGUAAUAGCUCUGGCCUGAGAGUCCACAAAAGGAUUCAUACAGGUGAAAAGCCCUAUGAAUGUGAUGAAUGUGGGAAGGCCUUUAUUACUUGCAGAACACUUCUAAACCAUAAAAGCAUCCACUUUGGAGAUAAACCAUAUAAAUGUGAUGAGUGUGAGAAAUCCUUCAAUUAUAGCUCUCUCCUCAUUCAGCAUAAAGUCAUCCACACUGGAGAGAAACCUUAUGAAUGUGAUGAAUGUGGCAAAGCCUUCAGGAACAGCUCAGGCCUCAUAGUGCACAAAAGGAUUCACACAGGAGAGAAACCUUAUAAGUGUGAUGUCUGUGGCAAAGCAUUCAGCUAUAGUUCAGGCCUUGCAGUUCAUAAGAGCAUUCACCCAGGGAAGAAAGCCCAUGAAUGUAAAGAAUGUGGCAAAUCCUUUAGUUAUAACUCCCUCCUUCUUCAACAUAAAACUAUUCAUACUGGAGAGAGACCUUACGUAUGUGAUGUGUGUGGGAAGACUUUCAGAAAUAAUUCAGGCCUAAAAGUCCACCGGAGACUUCAUACUGGGGAAAAACCAUACGAGUGUGAAGUGUGUGGGAAAGCCUAUAUCUCACGCUCUAGCCUUAAAAAUCACAAAGGUAUCCAUUUAGGGGAAAAGCCCUAUAAAUGUAGCUAUUGUGAGAAAUCCUUCAACUACAGCUCUGCCCUUGAACAGCAUAAAAGAAUUCAUACUAGGGAGAAACCUUUUGGGUGUGAUGAGUGUGGAAAAGCCUUCAGAAAUAAUUCAGGCCUUAAAGUACAUAAACGAAUCCACACUGGGGAGAGACCUUACAAAUGUGAAGAAUGUGGGAAAGCAUACAUCUCACUCUCAAGCCUUAUAAAUCAUAAAAGUGUCCACCCUGGGGAGAAGCCCUUUAAGUGUGACGAGUGUGAGAAAGCCUUCAUCACAUACCGAACUCUUAUAAAUCACAAAAAAACUCAUCUUGGAGAGAAGCCCUACAAAUGUGAUGUGUGUGAGAAAUCUUUUAAUUACACCUCACUUCUUUCUCAGCACAAAAGGGUACACACUAGAGAGAAACCCUAUGAAUGUGAUAGAUGUGAAAAGGUCUUCAGAAACAACUCAAGCCUUAAAGUUCAUAAAAGAAUUCAUACUGGAGAGAAGCCCUAUGAAUGUGAUGUGUGUGGAAAAGCCUACAUCUCACACUCCAGCCUUAUUAAUCAUAAAAGUACACACCCUGGCAAGACACCCUAUACAUGUGAUGAAUGUGGUAAGGCUUUUUUCUCAAGCAGAACUCUUAUAAGCCAUAAAAGAGUCCAUCUUGGGGAGAAACCCUUCAAGUGUGUUGAGUGUGGAAAAUCUUUCAGUUACAGCUCUCUCCUUUCUCAGCACAAGAGGAUCCAUACAGGGGAGAAACCCUAUGUAUGUGAUGGAUGUGGGAAGGCAUUUAGGAACAGUUCAGGCCUCACAGUGCAUAAAAGGAUCCACACAGGAGAAAAACCUUAUGGAUGUGAUGAGUGUGGGAAGGCAUACAUCUCACACUCAAGUCUUAUUAACCAUAAAAGUGUUCACAGUGGGAAGCAGCCCUAUAAUUGUGAGUGUGGAAAGUCCUUCAAUUAUAGGUCAGUCCUUGACCAGCACAGGAGGAUCCACACUGGGAAGAAGCCAUACCGAUGUAAUGAGUGUGGGAAAGCAUUUAAUAUCAGAUCAAAUCUCACCAAGCAUAGAAAAAUCCAUACUGGAGAAGAACCUUUAAAUAUAAUAAAUGUGGAGAAUCAGUGUAGUACAUCCCAGAUGAGGCUAUAUGAAGGAGGGAUUGCUUUGGAUGGGACCAGGAUGAGGAUGCCUUUGUGGGAGGCAGAGCUUACCAAAUCUCAGAGAACUCAUAUGGAAGAGAAACUGUUUGAAUGUAAAAAUUUCUGAGGUCGUUAUUCACAGCUUGUAAUUUUCAUGGUAUAAAUUAAACCAUUCUACAUAAUCUAAGUAACCAUUUUUGUGAUUUUCACAACAGUCAACAAGGAAGGCUCAUUUCAAGAUAGUUGAACCCUUUUGGAAUAUAAGAUAGUCUACACUGGGAAUUUAAAGUAUCAAAGUAAUGGCAUAUUUUUGAAAUUCUAAAAAUAAGAUAUUUUUGGACCUAGAAUAAUGCAGAUGAGGAAAACACUCCAAUUAGAAAUCACAUACCAUAUAAACUAUUUGAGUAAAUUUUGUGAGUAGAAAUAUAGGUAAUUCAGGCAUAGCUUUGAAUCUCAAUUGUAUCUUGGUCAGUAAAAUGGAAAAAAAGUUCAAGAAAGGCGUCAAGGCAACAGGCAAAUUCAGGGAGACAUAGGCUUCAGGGAAUAGAAAUUCAUUUAUAAGUGAUCAUGAGUUAUACACAAUAUAAUUGAAUGGCUUAGGGGAAGUAGAUGACGACUUGUAAAAAAAAAUUGGAUUUCUUUGUAGGAAAAAAUAAAAAGCAUAGACUAUCAUAAGUCUAACCUGAAGUAGGAGAGUCUUAAUGGAAAUUGAAUUUGUUAAUACUCCAUUUGAAUGAGUGAGACAAAGUUUCAAGUGAACUCCCUCAAUGAAUAAUGAAUGUGUGAUAAAUGAAAAGUGUCUCUUUAACAGAGAGGAUUCUGGCACUUGUAAUAGUUAACAUGUCUUCAAUGUGAAUUUGCACCUUACAGAAUUGAUUCAGGGAUUCCUAUGAGUAGGAAUGUUGAGUAAGAGGACAUUUUAUUACAAGAGCUAAAAUGCUAAGUAGCUACCAAUAAUGGAGAGAUUAGGAAAUCUGUUUCUUUAUACACUUGUUAAGUGUUUGUUUUGGAAUUCAUUGUAAAGAUGUCAUGUACCACAUAUGUACUAAUUACUGUCUCUUGUAAAAUAUGAAUACUUUGUUCAGGGCUUACUGUCUUUGUCAUGAAGGUCAGAUAGCUGUGGCAAGGUAAGGUGGAACUCCAAUAAAGAAAUUCUCCAAAUGUAAACAG